AUGGCUAGCAACAGUGGUGUGCAACAGCAACAGCAGUACAUGCAACAGAGCAACAGCCCAUAUCAUUGCAAAGAAUGUGGGAUCUCUUUGAAUUCGGCAGAGUCUUUGGAAGUGCAUUUACAGUACCACAAAGAAAACUUGCUGAAACACUGGGCGAUACAGGCUGCUUCUUCGCAUUCCGAAGAAACCAACAACAAUACCACCAAGGCGAACAUGAAACGUGAGUUAAUUUCUAAUAAUACAGUAGCAGCAGCUGAUAGCUCCGAUUCCAUGCAGAAAAAAAGCCCCGAGUACAGCAGAGCUACUCCAGACACUAUUUUCGGACAUCCUCCGACUCCUCAAAGCUACCAAAGUGCAUCUUCCCCCUAUCAAAAUAACGACAACUCGGCUUUCUCCCCAAACUUCCAAAACUUUCAAAUAAAAACUGAAAGAAAUUCACCGACACCCCAACAACAAUCCCAGUAUCAAACCAGCUAUGCCAACUAUGUCGAACAGCAAUACUUCCCUAUGGAAUCCAGUCAAAACCAACAAUUCAAUCAGGAACCCUUUGUUCACAAAUCUUCCGUGUACAGGUAUCACCCCUACGGCCAACCCCAGAACGGCCCUUACGAGCGACAGUCGCAGGCACAGGUGUCCUCAUCGAGUCCUGCUUACCCUCCGCAACCAACCCCAUCCCCUAGCCCGAAACAAUGCGACAAGUGCGGCUAUGUUUGCGAGUCCGCUUCGCAACUCAUCGAGCAUAUCAAUAUCGCUCACCCUCCUACCCCCGCACCGCAUUUAGUUUCCUACCAGCCCAAUCAGCAUUUCAUGUUUGAACAGCAUCAGAUCAAACAAGAGGAUGCUGCUCAGAGCGAAAUUUUGGACCUUGACUCGCACAAGGUCGUGCAUAAUGUUUACUCUGAGGAAGAAAAACGACAAAACGGUGAUCCCAGCAACCCACAUUCCGUUUCUGCUAUGUUGAAUUCGUGGUCACCACCUCAACAGCAAAAUGCACAGCAGCAGCAGCAACAAAAGAUGUUCCAGCAGCAGGAACAAAGAAUGUUCCCCAACGCCCCCGAACAAAAGAUGUUCCGAACAAACAUUCCAGAUAACAUUCCAGAAACCAAAAUGUUCCAAUCGGAGCAAAAAUUGUUCCAGCCGCAUCAAAUGCACAGCCAAGAGUUCGUUGGCAACGGAGUUACCACCACAACCCAAGAAACCCCCGGAAACGGUAUGAACCAACCACCCCAGGCGUACAGACCGUUCGAGCACAUGACCUCACCCCCGAACGCCUCUGUGAUAUCGAGCACGCAAGUUCCUACCAAUCCAACCCAACCACCAUCAUCAGGAAAAGGCGCCAACUGGAAAUCGAACGAAGCGAGGCGGCCUAAAACCUACAACUGCACGGCUUGUAACAAGUGGUUCACCAGCUCCGGGCACCUGAAGAGGCACUAUAACACGACGCUGCAUAAAAACGCUGUGAAAUCUAGCGGUCAUCCAGACCCGGCUUCCUUACCAAUCAGCGCCCACCACCACCCUGCUAGAGAUAAUUCGUCGAAACACGAAGAUAGGCCACAAUCGAGCAGCUCCGGAGACGAGAUCAGGGGCGAUGAGAGUAACAGCAUGCCCUCGCAAUACGAGAGGCUAGGCGCCAUGCCGGGCCUCCUUCAACAGCCCCCCAAUGGUCCCUACGACCGGCAACCGGCGCCGAAUAUCCACCACACGACGCCCCUGCACUCUCCCAUGCCUCAUUCACCUAUGCCUCAGCACCCCAGUCCGCUGGGCAACCCCCUAGGAAACCCAAAUUUAUCGAACGGGAGUCCCCCAAACGGGGAGGCAGGCCUCUCAACCAACAGCCUAGAUUCGAGGGGCCUGCUGUCGCUCAGUUCGCCGCCAAUCAGUUCGGGCCCUACGCCUCAUGGGUACCAGAUGCCACCCCAGCAUAUGAUGUCAAUGGAGAGCAACCAAUUCCAGAUGUACCCAAACGAGUUGGCCCCCCACGUUACGCAGGCUAUGGCUACCAACAACCUCAAUACUACUGGUGAAUACCAGUUCGGUAUUCAAACACGCCUAGUCGAAGAAAAUCAGCCGCUGCCGAGCUUUGCGCAAAUCCAGGCGCACAGAUUCAGCAUGCUUGGCUAUGAUAUAGCGAACGUGGGGGGUGUGGGGUCGGUAACGGCCCCCUACACUUUCUACUCUGAUGCAACGGAUGCUGCAGAACCUAGGACCCUGAUGAUGUACCGCCCUGGCAGCGAAGAAUACAAGCUGACAGAGCUAAAUGCUCCAGAAUCUCCCCAAGACGAAUUCAUCCUUGGAUAUUCCCCAGCACCUCCAAACAACAAUAAUAAUAACAGCGGAGAAGACCUCAGCAUGAUUUCCUUGAGUUCGGAGAACGACUCCAAAAUCAUGGAAGAAGCCAAAAUGCAGCUGAUGGAGGACAUAAAGCUGAGGUUAGAGGCGCAACCCAAGUCUCCUGAGAAAGCGCACAUCAAGAGGGACUACGAAGAGAACAGCAGUCCCCUGAUAACCUCCACGGUCAUCAACAAACCUGGCUUGCACAAAUGCUACGAUUGUGACAAGAUGUUCAACAAAGCCUGCUACCUCACGCAACACAACAAAACAUUCCACUGCGGGGACAAGCCGUUCAAAUGUACCAGGUGCGGCAAAAGAUUCUCCUGCGAUGUCACCUACCAAGAGCAUCUCUCCAAGCAUGCUGGGGACAAACCGCACAAAUGUGAACUCUGUCCCAAGCAGUUCAACCACAAGACCGAUUUGCGGAGGCAUAUGUGCCUGCAUACGGGCCAGAAGCCAUAUGCCUGCGAUACCUGCGGAAAGGGCUUCAUCAGGAAAGACCACAUGAUGAAGCACUGCGAAACACAUAUGAGGAAGACGCAGUCCAAGGUGGCGGCCAUCCGUUGA